AUGUUUGUAAGAAGCGCUCGAGAAUCACCCUCUGUUGUGUCCACGCGAGUCUUGAGAACUCAUCGCAAGAAUUCAGUGGAAAAUUUUCGGCUACAGGAACGAGUGAAAACAAUUGACUUUGAAAGCAAGCAUAACUAUUUACAAAUCUCGGACGAGAUUGAUGGGGUUCGCCAAAAUUUAGUCAAGAUAAAAGGUGUAAAAAAGAAUGUUGGUGUUAGCGUAGAAAGGCGGAAACUAUUGCGUGAUAAGGGGCUUCGAAUUUUGCCCGUUAAGCAUAACGACAAAGACGAUUACUUCAAAGUGCGGACCCCACAAGGCAAGGACGUUAUUAUUUCUUGCUCAGAUUUUUACGAUGGAGAGACCAUGAGGAAACGCCUUAGCAUCGAUGUACAUGAAUCAGCUAGAACUCCAUGCCUUGAUGUAGAAAAUUCCGAUGGUGAAGAGCUAUUGGAUUCCGGAUUACCUGAAAGUCGAAAUCGGCGUCAUACCAUAUCUUUGGAUAGACCAUUUCGUUACAGGAACAUAACACCGCCUUUACGGCCAGGAUCUAGAAGAAACUUCAAGGACGUCGAGGAAAAAAAUUCGGAAGAUGAAGAAAAACUUCUUGAAAAACUCAGCAGCAUGGAAAGAAAAUAUGGAAUUUUAAGGCCACAGACUGCUUAUUUAAGGGAAAGAGAUCGUCAAGCUUCACCGCGUCCGAGAAGUCGCACCUGCCCGGCCGAAGUACAAUCCGGAGAAACCACCUCGGCCCCUUAUAGGAAGAUAUCCAGAAAAAAUUCAGGAAUUGUUGGAAAUACAAGAAAAAAGUCUCGUGGAAAUCCCUCUGUGGACAAUGAAACAAGCACCACAACGAAAACGACCGAAGAGCAGAUGAUGCAGGCAAAAGGCAACCAGCAGGAAGUUUGCCUGAAUACCAACGUAGUUUUGGAAGAGACUAUCCCGUUGAGUCCGAGCGUUAGACCAGGUUUAAGGGCAAGGUCGAUGACCGUGGUAUCAGGACAAUCCCACUCUGGUAUUUCGCGAACCGUUGUUGGUAUUAGAAGAAUGAGCUUGGACAGAGAUAAAUCUAUUCGUCUUCCAUCUUCCCCGUCGGCUGGUAGAUGGUUUCAGCCGGACACUCCUGAAUUUAGUCCAAUAGAUGAAGAUAAUGAGAAAGUGGAACAAAAGUUGUCUAAAUUCACCGAAAGGAAAGUUUCGUGGAAGGACAAUUUAAAUGACGAUCGCGAAAGUAGGAUUGACGAAAGCAGUCUCUUCAAUGGGUGUCCGACACCAUCAACGGAAUCUUUCGCUGUUAGAGAUGGUAGAAAGGAAAGUGUAAUGAGUACAAAAAGUCGAACAAGUUGCGAUGUACGCGCGCAAAGUGCGCCUCAUUCGCAUUUAUCUUCCAGAAAAGUAUCCAGACGAUCCAGUCAUAAUUUUGCGUACGACGCACAACCCGACAAGGCUCUGACCAAAGGCUACGUCACCAUGCAAAUGACUAUUGGCAAUAAACAGGUCAAAGUGUAUGUACCUAAGUUCUCUACUGAUUGUUUGGAUGAUGUUGUCGAGAGAGCUCGAGCAAAAUCAGCUAUAAAAGCUGUAGGUAAUCAGGGCCGACCGUUGAAAAAUAGGAGAUAACCUAUACGCCAGGUUCGGACGUGGAUUUACCAGAGCGAGACACCACACUACAAAACUCUAUGAUUUCUUUAACAUAUAGCUCUAAUGGAUGACAUUAUUGAAAACCGUUACCAAUAGUGUAAUUGACUUAAUGAAAUAUUAAAGCACCUUUAUACGAGUUUAACAUUGUGUAUGUGUUUUUUAAUGAAAACAUUUCAUUCAGUUGGAUUAAAGUAAAAUAAGACUUCACCGAGGUGAGUGGCCUGAAUUUCAGCUUCCUCCUCCUCCUCCGCUCGUUAAGUCAGCCUGCGNGAUGGUUUCAGCCGGACACUCCUGAAUUUAGUCCAAUAGAUGAAGAUAAUGAGAAAGUGGAACAAAAGUUGUCUAAAUUCACCGAAAGGAAAGUUUCGUGGAAGGACAAUUUAAAUGACGAUCGCGAAAGUAGGAUUGACGAAAGCAGUCUCUUCAAUGGGUGUCCGACACCAUCAACGGAAUCUUUCGCUGUUAGAGAUGGUAGAAAGGAAAGUGUAAUGAGUACAAAAAGUCGAACAAGUUGCGAUGUACGCGCGCAAAGUGCGCCUCAUUCGCAUUUAUCUUCCAGAAAAGUAUCCAGACGAUCCAGUCAUAAUUUUGCGUACGACGCACAACCCGACAAGGCUCUGACCAAAGGCUACGUCACCAUGCAAAUGACUAUUGGCAAUAAACAAGUCAAAGUGUAUGUACCUAAGUUCUCUACUGAUUGUUUGGAUGAUGUUGUCGAGAGAGCUCGAGCAAAAUCAGCUGUAAAAGCUGUAGGUAAUCAGGGCCGACCGUUGAAAAAUAGGAGAUAA